AUGACGGUGUUCUUCGGCACUCGCUUGUCUUCUAUCGUGGCGGACGCUGUAGUUCUGGCGCUCACUUGGGUGAAGACAAUUCGAUAUCGCGAUCCUGUGGUGAAUGCCACUGCAAUAUUCGCCCUUGCCGAGGUUCUGCUGACUGACGGUGUUGUGUAUUUCUCGUAA